AAUCAGAUUUGAGUGCAGCCCUUGUGGGCGGCGGUGUUGUGGGGGUAAGCGCUAACGUGGAGUAUGGCGGACGAUGGAAACGAUAGCAGUGAAGCAGCAGGCAGCAGCGGCGGGCCGGUGACUUCAGAGGAGCCAGAAACGGGGUUCGGUGUCGUCGGGAUGCUAGUGAAUGUCAGUGUUUUAUUGGUGGUGGUGGCUGUCUGCUAUGGCAUAUACAGGCGGUGGGGGAAACGGGUCGGCUUGAUUGCGGACCAAGGGAAAGAGGCCGCGAAUCUUCCCAAGAUGAAGAGGCGAGAUUUCACUCUGGAGCAUUUGAGGGAGUACGAUGGAGUUCAAAACCCCCGAAUCUUAAUGGCAGUUAAUAUGAAGGUCUUUGAUGUCACCAGCGGCAAGAGAUUUUAUGGGCAAGAUGGCCCCUAUGGAAUCUUCGCUGGAAGAGAUGGGUCUAGGGGCUUGGCGACCUUCUGCCUUGAUAAAGAUGCACUGCGAGAUGAGUACGAUGACCUCUCUGAUUUAAACGCUGUACAGAUGGAGAGUGUAAGGGAAUGGGAGAUGCAGUUUUUGGAGAAGUACGACUACGUUGGCCGGCUGCUGAAACCAGGGGACGAGCCCUCGGAAUACACAGAUGAGGAGGACGUCAAGGAUCACGUGAAACACGACUGAACUGUUCAAUCAAACCAAAGCCAGGGCUUUCGAGGGCUGCAGACCCUGCUGUUCCUCCUCUGCCACAGGAUCACAAGCAGCCCAGGCUCUGUCCUGUAGUGGCAGAGGAUUCAAAACAUAUUUUGUACAAAGAAAAAAAACAUGAUGUAUACUCCUGUGGGGAUUUUAAUGAUUUCAGCAUGUCCGAUUCGUGCUGCCAACACGUUUUUUUUUUCUUUGUCACUGUAACGUCAAGCAAAGGGUUAUUGUUUUGCUAUGGGGUGGGAAUCUUGGAAGGGUUUUGCAAAAGGGCUGUUUAUUUCUCAUUACAUAUUCACAACCAAUCAGCUGUUGCUCAAGUUUAGUAGGUUUCUGAAGCAUAUGGGUCUUGAUAAAACAAAGCCCAGACCAAAAAAAAAAAAGCUUAAGGGCCUUUUUAAAAUACAUACGCAAGUAAGUAAAUGUUGCAUGUUUGUUUGUUUUAAGAGGGAGCAUAGCAAACAGUACCAUGCCAUUGAUUCUCUUUUUGCUGUUUUGUUGUUUGCACUACUAGUUUUCCAGUUUUUCACCAUGUGAUUGUACUGCAGAGUUCGGUGGUCCAUUGAACUACGUUGAAUCACAAAGCUGAAUCUCCCAUUUGAAAAGGGAAAGUCACUGGGCGGGCUUCAUUUCAGGAGGGUAUCCAGUUAUUUGCAAGUGAAGUUUCACCAACUAUGUUUACAUGCCGCAAAAGUCAACUGUAAGUCUAUAUUCUCCCCAAAUGGUCCAUAUGAAUUGUGCCUUAUUUCAGUUGUUUUCUAUGUUAACAGAUUUAAAGGAAGACAACAUAUAAUACCCCAGUUAUAUUAAUAAUACUCGUUAUAUUAAUCGUACAACGUAUAAUACCCGUUAUCUUCAUCUUACAGCCACUUCCUUACAGAACCCUCCGACUUAAAGGCAUGCUGUUGUCAGCCUGAAGCGCUAAGCCGACUGGAAAUCCUUUCCUAUAUCACAAGCUUGUAUAUAGACUGCAAAGUAUACUCAGUGUUACUGCCAUAUGUAGUUGAUGGAAAUCAUACACUACUGCGUGUUGUAAUGGCCAAAUGCCCCAUGCUUUAUUAUUCUUGUUGUUAUAAUGAUUUUUGUUUUGUUUUUUUGCUGAAGCUAUUUUUAAGUGUCGGGGACAGGGGUAAAAAAAAAAAAAAAAAGGAAGAACAUUCAUGUCGGUGAUGGGUAGGUGAAACUCGGGAAGGAAACUUGCAGAUUCUGUAAAUAUAUAUGUAACAUUUUAUUAAAGCACGUACAACAAUGUAAGCUAUGCUGAAUUCAGACUUGCUGUAGUGGUGUGGAAUGUGUAGCAGAGUGCAGAUGGACAUGUUCAUGCAUAAUAAACAAUUUGGUUAUUAA